AUGGGGCGAGACAAGAGCCGGCGUCUCUCCGGCAGCGGCCACUUCCGGCAGCGGCUGGUGCUGGCGACGCUCACCUCCACCGCCGUCACCAUCGUGGACAUCCGCUCCGGGGACGCGGCCCCGGGGCUCCGCCCUCACGAGGUCUCCCUCCUCCGCCUCCUCGACAAGAUCUCCGACCACCACACCAUCGAGCUCAACGAUACAGGCAUGGACUUGCCCCCGAACGAAGCUGAAGUACCGGCCGGGGGUGAUUAUAGGGGGAAAGGGCCUUGA